AUGGUGAUGAAACAUUUUUGGGUACCCAUCAAGGUACUCACUUGUUCUAACCAUCAAGGUGUUCACUUAUCUUUCCCCGCCAAACCCCCCAGCAUUGCCGUUAAUUCCCACGGCCAUCUCAGAUGGCUCUGCUUCCUUCAUCUUCUCCAGUCUUCAACACUGUCGUUCAAACAUCAAGCAGAAGCAGAAGGAGAACAGAUACACAUCUGCAUCCUUCACACUCUUGGGACCAUUUGUCUAGUUCAACCUUCCUUUGGUACAUCAAUCGAGCAAUCUCUACCUGAUCUUCUUCGAUUCCCUCAAAACCACGGCAUCUGCGGUUUAUAUCUGGCAGGAAGAGAUGGGGCUAAGUGA